UCCAUUUACGCAUAUUGCAUUUACGACAUUUACUAAACCUGUCUUCAUCAUUUUCCAAAUCCCACCGUUAAUUCCCUGUUCCGCCUUUCAACUUCCCAAAAGUAACUCCCAUCAAUGUCCAAAAAUCAGCUCCUCUUUCAAUCUUCCAUAGAGAGUUUGAAAACUUUGGAGACAACGUAGCCUACUCCGAUAUCUUUGUUACGGAUAUGGAAUUUAUUUUCGUAGAUGGGUUACAUAGUUGGGCCGAUACGAUAGCAAUAACAAUUGGUUUUCAAUUUACACGUGCUUCUUAUAAAAAGAACGAAGGACGUUUUAGAGUUAGUGUCUAUUUAAGAUGUCACCGCUAUGGUAAUAUUAGGGGUGAUGUACAUAAUCUAGAUAAUACUGCCCGAUCAGGUUUUAAAAGUAGAAGUUGCGGGUGUAAAUUUUUAAUUGUAGGAAGUAGUCGUAAACCAGGGAAAAGACCUUGGACGGUAAGGGUGUGUCCUGGUGAAAAAGAAAAACAUAACCACGUGUUCUUAGUGUACAGAGAUGGUCAUGUAAGGGUGAAUAGGAUCAAUGUAAAUAUUCGGGAGCACAUACGACAGCUUAGUGCAACCGGAAUACAACCGGCCUUUAUUAUGAAUUCUGUUAGAGAUAAUUUUCCUAGUUUUUAUGCUAGUAUGAAUCAGAUAUAUAAUAUUAGACAAUCAAUAAGGAGAGAAAGGGUAGGACUCUCCUUCAACACUGUCUUCAUAUGGCCACAAAACUUAAUUACGUGGUCUGGACAGACUUGGAUAGUGAAGGGCAAUUGAGCAGACUAUUAAUUGCAAAUCCUACCUCUAUCCAAAUGAUACGGACGUGGCUGUAUGUUGUGCUGAUAGAUACAACGUACAAAACGAACAAAUAAAAGUGGCCACUAUGUGAAAUGAUCGGAAUGACGCCAACCAAUCACAACUUCUUUGUUGCGUUUUGUUUGAUGCGAGAUGAGGCGGCUGUGUCGUAUUCGUGGGUGUUGCAGGGAUUGAGAGAUAUUUUCGGCACUGCUCAGACUCCUAGCGUCAUUGUAACCGAUGGAGACGAAGGUUUAUCUGCAGCUAUUCGUGACGUCUUCCCAGAUGUGCGGCAUUUGUUAUACAUCUGACAUAUUGCCAACGACGUUGAGAAUAUGGUGGACAAGUUGUGUGGCGGGAAAAAAAAUCAACAGGGCCAAAUAUUCAGACAGGGCAGAUGGAACCCCUUGGUUGAAAUUACUACAAUCAGGGAAUUUGAACAGAGAUGGCAAGCAAUCGUGAGUACGUGGUCGGUUAGGAACAAAAAGGUUGUUCGGUAUCUGGCUAGAACAUGGAUUCCACUUAGAGAGAAAUUUGUUCGUGCGUAGACGAAUGAUUGUUUCCACUUGGGUAACCAGACUACCAGCAGAGUUGAAAGCCAACACUCGUCUUUCAAGUAUUACUUUGGUAGCGGUAAUAGCUCAUUCGAUAUCCUUUUUAAAAGGGCACACGCACAGAUUAUAAAUCAGCAAGCCAGGAUCCGACAACCGCUAUAGGAAUCCAUGAAUUUUGUAGCAAGGUCGUUGCAACAACAUUUGUUUAGACCUUUAUAUCGCCACGUAUCUAUCUAUGCCUUGAAGCAGCUCCAGCUUGAGUAUAACCGCAUGUUAGAACUGGGUGAUUUUGUAUUAAACAAAUGCGGUUGUGUACUUCAACAAACCCAUGGAUUGCCGUGUGCAUGUUAUUUACAUACGUGCAUCGGUUCACAUGGUGCUUUGUAUGUGGAUGACAUUCAUCAAUUCUGGAGUACUUUGAGGUACACAGAGGUAGGAGACGAGACACACGAAGGAGUACGAUUCGCCAACGCCAAUGACAAAGAGCACUUUCAAUCUUUGGUCGAUGAAGUUCUAAAAUCUGAUCCCGCAGUUGUACGCCGAAUGUCUCAGGUACUUGAGUAUGAGCUGCACCCUGAUGGAGGCGAAAUAACUGAGCCUUACGCAGGUCCACCUAGAAAGGGCAGACCAAGCACAAGCAAAACCAUGAGAAGAAAUAAAAGUGCAUUUGAAUAUAGCAGAUCAUCUUCUCGUGGACGCGGCUCUAGAUCUUCAUCCCGCGGGAGAUCCAGUGGCAGAUGCAGUGGUCGAGAUACGCAAUCAUCUGUUGGAAUUAAGUUUAGUUUCAAUUUGUCCGAUGAUCCAGGAGGGCGCGAUUUUUCAUAGUUUUCAUGGCCUAAUGACAUCCCAUUCAUUCUUCCACCUUACUUGUUUGACUGGAUUGAUAUGUUAGGUGAUGGUAAUUGUGGAUUUAGAGCUAUUGCCGUUACAGAGCUGGGAGGCGAGGAAGCAUGACCUCGUUUAAGACGUGCUACGUGUAUGGAAAUGCAAAUGAACAGAGAGCAAUACCUAAGUUUAUAUCUAUCCCAGGAGUCGUUAGACAAGGCUAUAUUCAGAAUAGGUUCACAUGACAAUGGACCUGCUCCUUUUAUUCACUGGAUGGAUGCACCGAUGGCUUUGUAUUCUACAACAACAUUUCUAAACUUUGGCAUUGCUUAUUAUGGUUCUGAUAAUGCUGACCCGAUGUACAACUGUUUGGUUCUUCCAUUAUGGAAAGCACCGAAAGCACCGGGCGUGCAUAGUGUAAAUAAAGUUAUACAUAUAUGUUGGGUGAAUGUAAAUCAUUUUGUUUAACUUUUAAUGAACGACGAUUCAGCCCCACUGCCGCCCAUCCAUCAACGUUGGAGAGAAGUAGUUGACAAUUUCACCAGACAAAUUGACACACAUUUCACUACGAGGAUUGUGCUCUGGAAUAAUCUACGUGGGCCAUGACCAUGACCAAGUAAUAACACCGCUGACGAUGCUGUAAAUUUAGAUACUCCAUAGUCUUACGUGUUGUAUAAAUCCUUAUUUACUUGUAUUAUAGAAAUGAUACACGAGAUUCAAUUUGUAUAUAGUCCAUAGUUAUACUACUGUGUAUAGUGGUUGUUAUAGAAAAUAUAGAAGACAUUCAUUGUGUAUGAUAACGAUGUAAUCAUGAUUAAAUGUGAUAUAAAUA